AUGGACUUUGGAUUGGAAAACCACCGCAAUUUCAUUGGCAAAAAGGUCUCAGACCUGCCGUCACCAUCAUUGGUGCUCAGUCUCCCGGUCAUCAAGAGAAAUGUGGACAAGCUGCAUCAAGAUGUCGAGAAGGCAGGGGUUACUUUCAGACCUCACGUAAAGACGCUCAAGAGCACUGAAGUAACGAGAUUGAUGUUGGGAGACGGCAAAUUCAACAAGACAGUCGCAUCGACACUAUCAGAAAUCAGGGGCCUGCUGCCGCUGACGAAAGAGGAGAUUUUGGAGGAGGUGCUCUAUGGACUCCCCGUCAGCUCAGGCGUUAUCCCUCUUUUGAGCGAGUAUAGGAAAUCGGUCAAGAUCCUUCUCAUGGUCGACCACGAGAAGCAAAUCGAUCUUCUGGAAGAAUCCGCAAAGAAGAGCGCUGACGCACAGGCACCGUGGGACAUUUUCAUCAAGCUUGACGUCGGCAGUAAGCGCGCGGGCGUUCCUCUCAGCAGUGAACGUCUGCAGAAACUCAUUCAAAGAGCGAAUGAGUCUUCGGUUGUGUCACUGUACGGUUUCUACUGCCAUGCCGGCCACUCGUAUGGAUGCGAGACGCAAGAAGAGGCGGCGGGUGUUCUAGCUGAUGAGGUCAAUGGGGUCAUCAGCGCGGCGAAGUUGAUCGUCGGGGAACAGCGACUGACUCUGUCCGUGGGCGCCACACCAACGGCGCAUGUUGUCGGUACUCUUCAGACCGCCAUCCCGUCUAACGUGACUCUGGAGUUGCAUGCUGGAAACUUCCCAACCAAUGACCUCCAGCAAGUCGCUACCGGCCUGGUGUCGAUUGAAGACCAGGCCGUCAGGAUAACGGCAGAGGUCUGCAGCGUGUAUCCGGAGCGCAACGAGGCACUCAUCAACGCCGGCACGGUCGCUCUCUCCAAAGAGGCGGGUGCGUUCCCUGGGUUCGGCAACCCAGUGGGGAAGCCUGGUUGGGCUAUCGUACGAAUGUCUCAGGAGCACGGCAUCAUUGGCGAGGUCCAGGCCCCCGGGUCCAAGAACGCUGAGCCGGAGCGCCGGGACAUAGAGGCCAACUUCGAAAUUGGCGAGAAGUUGACGGUUUAUGUCCAGCACUCUUGCAUUACGGCCGCGGCGUUCCACGUUUACUACGUGGUCGACGAGAAUGAUGUUGUGCAGGACACCUGGGUACCCUGGAAGGGCUGGUAG